GGUGUGGAAAAAACAUCUCAACUGUGCAAGCAAAUUUCUGUAUUCAUGGUUAGGGGGCUCUAUGUGAGUUGGAAAUAUGUUUUAAGUUACUUUGCAACAUCCACUGGGCUGACUUCUCUGAAGUUAAAGGAAAAAAUCGAAAAAAAUAUCAAAGCUGCUCAUGAAUUGGGCCUUAAUAUUAGAGCAAUUGUAUGUGAUCAAGGCUCAAAUAACCGCGGAGCCUUUAAAAAAUUUGGGGUGAGCUUGGAAAACCCAUAUUUUAAAGUCGAUGGUCAUAAAAUUUUUGCCAUCUACGAUGUCCCACAUAUUAUAAAAUCAUUACGAAAUAUCUUAAUGAAAAAUUGUAUCGAAACACCUGAUGGACCAGUAUCAUGGAAAGUAGUUGAAAAAUUGUUUGAAAUAGAUACUAAUAACUCUUCUACUAGAUUAUGUCCAAAAUUAACAAGUAAGCACAUAUACCCCAAUUCAUUUGAAAAGAUGAAAAUGAAAUAUGCUACACAAGUAUUUAGCCACACGGUAUCCUCUGCAAUCAAAACAUUAAUUGAAAGUGGCAAUUUCGAUAAUUGCAGGGAUGUAGCAUAUUCAACUGCUAUUUUCUUCGAAAGGUCGGCUCUACAAAAAAAUAACAAUGUGGAAAAAUACAUUAUGGAAAUGAAAGAGUAUUUUGAGAAGUGUCGUUAUCCCAGCAAUGUAUAUUGUAUUGAUGGACUUAUUCUCUCUAUGAAUUCAAUACUAUUGCUUGCGCACGAAGUAUGGAAUGAAAAUACAGAUGUUUACUUCUUGAUUUUGUCUCGACUGAAUCAAGAUGCAUUGGAGAACCUUUUCUAUCUAAUAAGAAGUAGAGGGGUUACCAACAAUAAUCCAAUGCUCUUCGAAUUCAACGCAAUCAUUUCAAAAAUGUUGUCAAUGAAAAUCAUUACCUCAAAAAGUACAAGUGGAAACUGUGAACCGGAUGAUGACAACAUGCUUAUAAAUGUGAUUGAUGAGGCAAAGCGAGAAAUUCAAGUCGAAAUUUCGGAGACCAAAGAACAGUUACCUUGCCAAGAGGUUGCCUUAGAAAAAUGCAAUAAUGAACAUAGCCCUCAUAUAACCGAGACUAUGGAUUUGUCUUUCACUAAUAUUAUUAGUAAAAGUAGUGAAAACGCAUUGCGUUAUUUUACAGGUUUUGUGUUGUAUAAGUCGCAACAAAAGUUUAAUUGCGACACCUGCGGCGAACUUUUAAAGGACAACAUUGUGCACUGCGAAAAUUCAGAGCAAUUUUUGUUCAAUAAAAACUUUAAAAGUAUUAAUAAUAAUUUAAAGCUCAAGGCCCCACAAGACGAUUUUUUUAACUUAAUAAAAUUACUUUACAAUAUAUUCCACGAUAUCUUUACAAAGAAACCUCAUAUGCGGAAUAUUGUACUCUCCUAG